AUGUCAAAAGGUAAAGUUUGUUUAGCUUAUUCUGGUGGUUUAGAUACCUCAGUUAUCUUAGCUUGGUUAUUAGAACAAGGAUAUGAAGUCGUUGCCUUUUUAGCCAAUAUUGGUCAAGAAGAAGAUUUCGAAGCUGCUGAAAAGAAAGCUUUAGCUAUUGGUGCUACUAAAUUUGUUUGUGUUGAUGUCAGAAAGGAAUUCGUUGAAGAUGUCUGUUUCCCAGCCAUUCAAGCCAACGCUGUUUACGAAAAUGUUUACUUAUUAGGUACCUCAUUAGCUAGACCAGUUAUUGCUCAGGCCCAAAUCAAAGUUGCUGAAGAAGAAGGUUGUUUUGCUGUUUCUCACGGUUGUACUGGUAAAGGUAAUGAUCAAGUCAGAUUUGAAUUAUCCUUCUAUGCUUUAAAACCUGAUGUCAAAGUUAUUGCUCCAUGGAGAGAUCCAGAAUUCUUCAAUAGAUUCGCUGGUAGAAAAGAUUUAUUAGAAUAUGCUGCUGAAAAGAAUAUUGAAGUUACACAAACCAAAGCUAAACCUUGGUCAACUGAUGAAAACUUGGCUCAUAUUUCUUUCGAAGCUGGUAUUUUAGAAGAUCCUGAUACUACUCCACCAAAAGAUAUGUGGAAAUUAACUGUUGAUCCAACUGAUGCUCCAGAUAAGCCAGAAGAAUUCCAAGUCGUUUUCGAAAAAGGUUUACCAACUAAGUUAGUCUUAGACGGUGGUAAAAAGACUAUUACUGAUCCUGUUGAAUUAUUCUUAGAAGCCAAUGCUUUGGCUAGAAGAAAUGGGGUUGGUAGAAUUGAUAUUGUUGAAAACAGAUUCAUUGGUAUUAAAUCAAGAGGUUGUUAUGAAACUCCAGGUUUGACCAUCUUAAGAUCAACUCAUAUUGAUAUUGAAGGUUUAACUUUAGAUAGAGAAGUUCGUGCUUUAAGAGAUCAAUUUGUUACCCCAUCAUAUUCUAAAAUCUUAUACAAUGGUAUGUAUUUCACUCCAGAAGGUGAAUAUGUUAGAUCCAUGAUAGAACCAUCACAAAAAACCGUCAAUGGUGUUGUCAGAGCUAGUUGUUACAAAGGUUCAUUAUCUAUCUUAGGUAGAUCAUCUGAUACUUCUAAAUUAUAUGAUGCCACUGAAUCUUCAAUGGAUGAAUUAACUGGUUUCUCUCCUGAAGAUACCACUGGUUUCAUUGCUAUCCAAGCUAUCAGAAUUAAAAAAUACGGUGAAGCUGUCAGAGACGAAGGUAAAACAUUAUCAUUAUAA